UGUCCUUGCCAAUCAACCACACUUUUCAAGGUAGUUUAAGCAGUACUGUUUUGUAGUAGCGAGAGAAACAUGGAAACAAUAAAGAGCUUUGUGAGGACUCAUCCCAUGGAGAUCUGUAUUACAGCUGUCGUGGGGGUAGGGCUAAUUACUGUCAUCAGAAGGAAGAGGAAGCGAGUAAAGAAGGUUUACCCGCCAAAUACUAUUGUUCACCACCAGACCGAUAGAGGUCCCUACGCACCCAGUGCCACGCCGUUUGCUCUGAAGCUAGAAACUUAUCUGAGGAUGGCAAAGCUCCCUUACUUGAAUGUGCACGAUAGUGGAUCUAACAGAAGUUCUAAAGGAAAAUUAACCUGGAUAGAAGUUAAUGGAGAGGAGAUAGCAGACUCUGAAUUCUGUAUACAGUACGUCAAUAGGAAAUUUAAUGUUAGCCUGGACGAAGGCUUCUCUGAGGAGGACCGUGCGACAGCAUUAGCUAUUCAGAGAAUGGUUGAUGAACAUUUAUAUUGGACAAUGGAAUUACAACGAUGGUUUUAUGAUUCCAAAGACGGAAUUGACAUCAGUAAAAUGUUGAAUAUACCGUGGAUCAUCUCUCCAAUGAUAAGGAAUUUGGUCAAAAAACAGAGCUACGCCCAGGGAGUGGGCCGACAUACGGAGGAGGAAGUUCAUCACGUCAUGCACGAGGAUCUAAAGGCUCUGUCAAUAUUUAUGGGAAAUAAGAAAUUCUUACUUGGCGAUAGGGUGUGUCAAGCUGACGGUGCAGUGUUUGGAAUGCUGGCUCAAUUCUACUGGCACGGUUUUGGGGGAUAUGGAGAAAAAUCCAUCCAAAAAUAUCCUAAUUUGUGUGGCUACUGUGAUCGCAUGAAGGCGGAAUUCUGGCUGGACUGGGACGACUGCAUCACGCAUGGAGGGACGAAGAAAGCAACAAAAUGAAGUCACAGUGUCGAUUAUCAUUACUAGACCUUCACAUUUUAUAGCAUUGCUGGACCUUCACAUUUUAUAGCAUUGCUAGACCUGCACAUUUUAUAGUAUUGCUAGAUCUACACAUUUUAUAGCAUUGCUACACUGUAGAUGUGGACAGUGUAAAACAUGUCUAGAUCCACACGUUUUAUAACAUUUCUAGAUUUACACGUUUUAUAACAUUUCUAGAUUUACACGUUUUAUAACAUUUCUAGAUCUACACAUUUUAUAACUUUGCUAAAUCUACACAUUUUAUAGCAUUGCUAGAUGUGCACAGUGUAAAACAUUUCUAGAUCUACACGUUUUAUAACAUUGAUUAAUCUACACAUUGUUAUUAAAACUAACAUACUACUCAGAGAUGUACGUACAACGAUAACGUUUCCAGUUUGCAUCAUUACAACAAAGUAUAUACUCACACUACUGUAGUACUCUGAUGUUAGUAUUGUUACUGAGCGGUGUUACAUGUACUUACCCGCUACAUAUAUGUACAUAGAUUAGAUCAGUUUGAAAACAAUGCAGAUCGGUUUUAUAUAUUGAUAGUCUUUAGUUACCGAUUAUACUAUAGUUGCAUGUUAUGAUGCUUAAAAGUGUUUUUUUUUUCUAAUUUGAGUUCGUAUUUGGAUAUAUAUUGCGAGUAAAACUAUAUACGCUGUAUGUAUGUUUUACUGUAAUUAUGCCGACAACUUCUGUAACAGACACCACAUAUUCUUACUGACAUUUCAAAAUUCCGUGUCGAUCAUUAAAGAUCAUAGAGAUUUCCGGGGGAAAAUUCGUUAUACGAUCUUAUUUUAGUGGUGAAACUUAAUUCAAACUUAAAUGUACACAGGAGACCAUUGCUGUUCUGUGUGGCGAAUUUAACAUGGUCAAUGAAUAAAUAAAAAAUCAGUAUAUGCACCCAGGGGUGCAUGAUCCGAGUUGCAUGGGAUACAUUGUAAAGCCAGGAAUGACGUGGUAUAUUUAUAAUUGUGAAGAACUAAUUUCAGUUUUAAACUUUUCGAGUUACUGUCCAGAAACCAUAUUUGUCUGAAGUUUUCAAUCUAUAUUCGGUCACUGUGACUUUGACCUUUGUUCUCCAAAAUCAAUAGGGACCUUGCUUUGCUGGUAUCCAACAAUAUAUCCAAGUUUCAUUUGAUUGAAAUUUAAAAUUUUCUAGUUAUCCUCCGGAAACCAAAAUCCUUUUGGAAUUUUAAAUCUAUUUUCGGUCACUGUGACCUUGACCUUUGACCCAUUUUCUCCAAAAUCAAUAGGGGUCUUCCUUACCUGGUACAUAACAAUAUAUUUAAGUAUCAUUUGAUUCGGAUUUAAACUUUCUGAGUUAUCAUCCGGAAACCAAAUAUUUCUGAAAUUUUCAUUUUAUAUUCGGUCACUGUGACCUUGACCUUUGACCUUUUUUCUCCAAAAUCAAUAGGGGUCUUCCUUACAUGGUACCCAACAAUAUAUCAAAGUUUCAUUUGAUUAGAUUGUAAACUUUUCGAGUUAUCAUCCGGAAACCAAUUGUUGACGCCCGCCCGCCCGCAUCACCAAACCAAUAGCCGAGUUCAACUUCGUUGCAACUCGGCUAAUAAUAUAUUACAAAAUUGUGCAUAGGGCAAACUCCAACCCCUGGAAACAUCAGCGGUUGGAUCAGGUGUUUAGGGUGUGCAUGUAUCUUAUGUUAAACGGUUACACCUGCUGUGUGCCUUCGAUAUUCAGCAGCUUAUACAAAUCUAUUAACUAAGACUGUUUCAAUAAUUCUAAAAAUCUGAUAAAACUUCUUAACUUAGAUUAAGUAUUGAGACGUUUUAGUAGUAAUUGCUUUUUGUGACCUUUCCGCCCUUGAAAUGAAAUUGACAAAAUGGAAA